GCAAUGCUCCUCAAUUCCACUCCCCAGAUCUUUUCAUGAUGGCGUCGGCCACCUUCUCCCGCGCCUGGCGCACCCUUCCCCCCCAGCUGGCCCGCCCGCAACUCGCCCGCCAUGUCCACCCCGGCCGAUACCAGCCCUUCGUCCCCCCCUCGCCCGCCUCCCUAGGCAAGCCCACCCCAGCCAAGACCUACACCCGCACCCGCAAAUGGCUGCGGCGCAUUGCCUACAUCUCCCUCGCCACGGGCGUCGUCUACGUCGGCGACACCCAGUUCUACGCCUCGUCGCUGACCCGAACCGCUCGCACCUUCAGCCUGGGCCUCCUGGUGGCCCUCGACUACAAGAUCAACUUCCGUCCGAACCCGCCCCUGGCCAGCUCCAUUGUAGCCGUGCACACGCGCAACGCUGAGCGCCUCUCCGAUCUCCUGCGUCAUAAUGGCGGUCUGUACCUCAAGAUCGGCCAGGCCAUCGCCAUGCAAUCGGGCAUCCUGCCGCCCGAGUUCCAGAAGAUGUUCUCGCGCAUGUUCGACGAUGCCCCCCAGAACGACUGGAAGGAUGUCGACAAGGUCAUCCGCGAGGAUUUCGGCCGUUCCGCCGAGGAGGUCUUUGGCGUCUCCUUCACGGGCGAGCCCGGGAAGGGCGUCAUGGAGCGCACGGCGCGCGCCAGCGCCAGCGUCGCUCAGGUGCAUUGGGCCCGGUUGCCCGAUGGCCGUGAGGUGGCGAUCAAGAUCCAGAAACGGGAGAUUGCCCAGCAGCUGAAGUGGGAUCUAUGGGCUUUCAAAGUCGUCGCCUGGAUCUACAGCCGCACCUUCGACAUCCCCUUCUACGGCCUCGUCCCCUACGUCUCCGAGCGCCUCUCUCUGGAGACCGAUUUUGAAAACGAGGCCGACAAUGCCGAGAACAUGGCCCGUCUUGUGGCCGGCGAGUCCCGCCUCCGCGGCCGCGUGUACAUCCCCAAAGUCUACCGCGAGCUCAGCUCCAAGCGCGUCAUGACCGCCGAAUGGAUCGAGGGCGUCCGUCUCUGGGACAAAGACUCCAUCACGCGGACGUGGCGCGGGGGCUGGCGCACCGGUACCCCCGGGUGCCACGGCACGCCCCUCGACCCGCCCAACACAGAAGACCCCGUCACCAAGGUGUCCCAACACCCGCAGCUCACAUCCAAAAUCAAGCCGGAGCGCGACCACUGGCGCGGCGGCUACGCACGUGCAGGCCUCGGGCUCUCCCUGAAGGAAGUCAUGACCACAAUGGUCGACCUCUUCUCCGCGCAGAUGUUCCUCUGGGGCUGGGUGCACUGCGAUCCUCAUCCCGGCAACAUCUUCAUCCGCCGCACCCCCUCCGGCCACCCGGAACUCGUCCUAAUCGACCACGGCCUCUACAUCCACAUGGACCCCGAAUUCCGACACCAAUACGCCCGCUUCUGGAAAGCCCUCCUCACCUUCGACAACAGCACCCUGACCUCCAUUGUCCGCGGCUGGGGGGUGCAAAAUACCGACAUCUUCGCCUCGGCGACGCUCAUGCGUCCCUACAAUGGCGGCGACCUCUCGACGCAGCGCUCCUUCGUCGGCCUCAGCAAAUCCGAGCGCGCCACCCGGCACUACGAAAUGCAACAGGCCGCCCGCAAGGCCAUCCGCGAGGUCCUGGGCGACGAAACCAAGUGGCCCCGCCCCCUCAUCUUCCUGGGCCGCAACCUGCGCAUCGUCCAAGCCAACAACCAGUUCCUGGGCUCGCCCGUCAACCGCGUCAAGAUCACGGGCACGUGGGCGUCGCGCGCGCUCGUCGAGUCGCCCGACCUCCCUGUCGGCGAGAAGAUGCGCAAUCUCGCGCGCCAUAUGCUGUUCCGCGUCGUGCUGUUCAGCAGUGAUCUGUUCUUUUGGUUUACGAAGAUCAGACAGUUUUUGAGGCUUGGUGGAGGUAUGGAGGAUAGCAUUGAGGCGCAGAUGCAGGGUAUGGCGAAGGAGAUGGGGGUGGAGUUGAGUCAGAAUGUUUUUGAGGGGUGAUCUCUCUUUCUUCUCAUUCUUACUCUCCUUCUUACUGUUCUUCUUCGUCUUCUCCUCCACCUUCUCUUUGAACGUCCUCUUACCCUCCUUACCCAUUACCCACCACCUUCCUUUCCUCUACCAGACUCGUCUGGAACCAACCCUUCUUCUCCAUCCUCUCAUCUCUACUCAACUCACCCCUCACCCAUCAAGAAUACACAAAAAGACAGACAGACCUAUAUAAUAAUAGAGAUGGUGGACUGUAUAGUAUACACCUCUCCCCAUCAUAUUCAAGAUAGAUAAACAAGGCAG